AUGGAGUCAUGGAAAGCUCGAUUCCGGCAGGCCAUUGUCAAGGAUGGUCCGCUGAAAGGCGCUAGAUACCUGGAUGUGCCUGAGCCACGCCUUGCCAAGGUGGCUAGGUCCUACAAGCACGAUGACCGUUUUCGACAGUUUGCACGCAUGGCUACAGAAGCUCAGGCGGGAGACAAAGCUUCCUCAAACUCCGAAGGAGAGGUGCCUGCAGUCGCAAGGGUGGCGCGUCGUCCCGCACUUGGCUGGCGAAUGCGGUGCUACAAGGUUUUGCUGUGGUUGAAGUCGCUGCGGCAGGCCUUGCGCUGGUGCCUGGUGGUCUCCUUUCUAGUUCUGCUUUGCCGGCCAUUCGCUCUUCGUUUCGCUGCAAGGCUCAUCGGCGGAAUUUUGCGCCUCGUCGUGCGCAGGCUUCUCAGUCUCACAGUGCUGGUCCUUGACCAAGUGUUUGAGGAGCUCAUCCUGCAACUGGCCGUUGUGGUUGAGCCCGCCUCACCUUUCCUCGCGGAUGGCCAGUGCCCAUCGUACCCCACGCUUGGCGUGCUGCACCAGCUGGUCCUUUCUUCGGGCGGCGCUUUGGCAGGCGCCCUGAUCCAUUAUGUUGCUCAAAAGCUGCGCACACGUCCGGUUUUGCGCCUCUAG